AUGGAUCCGGCCGGAGCCCUCCCUGCGCUGGAGCGGGAGCUGCGGGCGGCGCUGGCGGAGGACGAGCGGCGGCAGCGGGAGGGCGAGGCCAAGCUGCGGGCGCUGCGCCAGGGCGUCCCCGACUACGGCCAGUUCAGGGAGAUUGUGCUGGCCUCACACCUGAAGCCUCUGGAGAAGAAGGACAGGCUGGGCCAAAGGAGGAAUGUGCUGUGGAAUCCCUGUGCAGCCCUGGCCCAGGCAGCACCUGCCCACACUGUGGAGAUCCCACAGGAACUGGAUCAGCUGCCCAGGACCGCUGCAGACUUUCACAGAGAUUGGCGCAGAUGCUUCAAAAGUGGGACAGAGAAAUACCAGUUUUUGCUGGAGCUCGGAGGGGAGGCCUUGGGCAGGAUCUUCCAGGCUGAUGUGGGCUUUGGCCUCCUGGGGGAAUUCCUGACAGUGCUGGCAGAGAACAUCUGUCCUGGAGACAGAGCUGCCAUCCUUCAGAUCCUACAGAGCCUGGCGGGCACCAAGCGCUUUGGGCUGAACGUGGCUCUCCUGAGCCAGGCAGAGAAGGAGAGCAGCCAGGAUUUGUUCAAGAAGCUGCAGAGCAGGGAUUGUCAGGCUGCUGGCCAGCCCAGCAGCCCAGCCAGCUGUGAGGCAGGGAGGGAAGCCCAUCCCAUGGAGACCCACUUGGAAAAGGAAACUGAGGAGGAGAGGACAGUGGUGGAGCUGAUGAAGUGUUACCAGGUCAGCUGAGGGAGCAGGAGCACCAGG